AGAUGUGGAAGAAUGAGCUCAUGACAGUGGAAGCUUAUAAAUAAUCAGACCACUGGGUUGCUAGCAGACAGCAACCUCUGUUAACGGAACCACCCCAAGUUUGAACCCAAGCACCAAGUGGAUUGGGAUAAAAUAUAACAAGAAGCUCUUGAUUAAGAUACUAGAAGGAUUCUGGGGGAAGUUUUUCCUUUUUUUUUCUUAGUGAAGUUUACAAUAUUGUUCGAGGAAAAUGUGUUGUGGAGGAUGUGCUAAGUGCCUUGGAGUUACUCUCAUUCCUUUGGCUGUCCUUUGCACCCUUGCCAAUAUUUUGCUGUUUUUCCCUGGAGGAAAUGUGGAAAGUAGUGACCAUAUUUCUAGUGAAGUCUGGUGCUUUGGAGGGAUCUUGGGGUCUGGUGUACUGAUGGUGUUUCCUGCCUUGGUCUUUUUGGGGCUUAAGAACAAUGAUUGCUGUGGAUGCUGUGGAAAUGAAAGCUGCGGGAAGAGGUUUGCGAUGUUUAGUUCUAUAAUAUUUGCAGCAGUGGGCGUUGUGGGAGCUGGAUACAGCUUUAUUGUGUCAGCUGUUGCUCUGAACAACGGCCCUAUAUGUUCUUCCUCCAAUGGCACGUGGCUCUAUCCAUUUGAAAAUGGGGAUUAUCUUGGGAAUCAUACUCUUUGGGAAAUGUGUGACAGCCCUCAGUCUGUUGUGCCCUGGAAUUUGACUCUCUUCUCUUUGCUGCUGAUAAUGAGUGGAGUUCAGAUGGUGCUGUGUGCCAUUCAGGCUAUCAACGGUCUCCUAGGAACAAUCUGUGGAAACUGUUGUGGGGGUGAUGGAGCUGUUUAAGGCAUACAGAGAUUGCAGAGAAUGCCUCUUACAAUGGAAAGAAUACCCUUUUAGGUUCAGAUGCCUUUUACAUUCCAAACUGAUUUAGAAUGAAGGGCAUUUUCCUCUUUACCCUAAACUGCCUUUCUCCUCUUAUUGAAAGUUCUCAUUUCCAAAGAAUCCGGAAGCUGUUUUGUCUAUAGCACAUGUAUAUUUGUAAUGAAUUUCUUUUCAUGGAGAAACUGGGCAGAAACAGUCAUGCUGCCUUUCCCCACCAAAUCAUCUGUUUUGAGCUGAGGGAAGAUGACCAAUAUAUUUUCCUGAUUACAAGGCUGGAACCCAGUCACAGAUUGAUUGGCUUCACCUGCAUAUUCUUUGCUUCCUUUUUUCAGACAUUACUCUCAGAAACAAUCUCCCUUCUUCCAGAUCAGGGCUGCUUACAUGGAAAUCAUAGUGAAAACAGCCAAGUUUAAUAUGACUUGCAUGCUGACCACCCAUUCCUAAAGUUACAAAUAUAGAUCUCCAGCUAUGCGGAAGAUUUCCCAGUAGCAGCCCUCACCCAACUCCUCUACUUGGUAGGGCAGUGGGGAGAGGGAGCAGAAAAUUGUUAUGGAAAUGGCAGAAUAACUUUAAGCUGUUGUAAUGAGAUUGAUGUAAUUAGUAUCACCUGCAUGUUCUGGGGAGGAUUUAUCUCCCUGUUGUAUCAAGCAAGCAUACUGCAAUUUAUGACCAAUUAAUUCUGUCGGUCAAGGGAUACGGUCGGCAUAAUACCAAGAUAAAUGUAAGUGAACAUAAAAUUGACUUGAAUGAUUUGAUAUUCUAUAAAUGAGCAAGUGUUAUGAGAAAUCAUAAGUCUAUAAUUUAGAUGCCCCUCAAAUGACUCCCAGCAAGCCAGAUUUGGAACUUCCAGUACUACUGAAGAACUGAAUAAACCCCGCACAACCACAGAUAGGGCUCUGGCCUGGAACAUAAUUUUGGUCUGGAACAUGUAUAAAUUCUCUACAAGUUGUGGACAUACUGAAUAUAUGGUGAAAAUUCACGUUCUUUUUAUGGACUUUAGUAAUUUAAAAGGACUUAAAUGUUCUUUAAAAAGAUUUUUUUGGAAAUGAAAUUUGUACCUGUAUUAGGAAAUGAAUAGUAUAAUAUAGGAAUUAGUAUAUAUGUAAUGUUUGUAUGUUUUAGGCACUUUAUUGCACAUUAAUGGAGCACUUGCACCCUUCUUCUCUGUGUAUAUGUUUCUGUUUUAAGCCAUUGGUCAUAGUGUAAAUAGUGAAUCUGAAUGUGACACUCUAGGCAUUACUGAAAGCUCUGUUGUAAAACCAGGGUUUCUGGUGAAUCCCAAGAGUGUCACACUGUUGAUGUGAUGUUCCUACCACCCAGUCUUCCUCUGGGUGCCAGCCCCUAGCUGGCAAUCCUACGCGACCUGUGUUUUAGUUGCCAAGGUGCAAGAUGGCAAGCCUAUGAUUCUAGAAUUGUUAGCAUGAGGGUAGCCAUUGUCGCCGGAUUUGUUCAGUCUGACUAGACCAGCCUGAUUCGACCAAUCUUCCCCAAAAGAGCAAAAAUUGAGAUCUGUGUACUCCUAAACCAACAAGACUUGUAUGUUUUUAAUUGCUACCCAUUCCCGGAGAACUUCAGUGUGGCAGCUGUGAUGUGGCAGAACUCUUGUAGAUGAGGAGUUUUCCUUUGAAUUGCCUUGAACUCCAGAGGGUUGCAAGCUUAAGUCUGGCCCUGCUGCUACACCUGCCAUAAGGAUUCUUGAACGGCUUCAUUUCCAAGACUUAGGCCGAUUCCGCAUGGGCCAAAACAUGCAGUGUGAAAACGGUGUGAAAAUGGUAUUAAAGGGUGUAUAAAGGGUUUAUACUGUUUUCACACCAUUUUCAUACCGCUGUUUUUGGCCCAUGUGGAAUCAGCCAGAGUGUCUAUCAAGACACAGGGUUAGCGCCAGGAAGAAAAAAGAUGGCUAUCAUAGCUGGCAAUAAGAAUUUGAGGGCAUCUGCUAAUACAGUUGCCUGCCUUUUUACCAAAAUAUUAUUGUACAAACACUUUGUGUUGGAAAAAAUAACUGCAAAUCAUUAAAAUGUUUGCUUUUUGUAGAA